AUGUCGCUCUCAGAAAAGGGCUCGGACGAUGUUAUUGAACACUACGAGAAGGGGCAGCACGUUGAUCCCGAAGUCAAUGAAGACCCAGCGUUCGCAAAGAGGACUCUGCGUCGCGUAGACUCCAACCUCCUCCCCAUCCUAGCCAUCCUUUACUCCAUUUCGUUAAUCGAUCGCGUCAAUAUCUCGAACGCGUACGUUGCAGGCAUGGCCCAGGACCUCCAACUCCAGAUUGGGUCCCGUUACUCGAUAGCGACGUUGAUCUUCUUCGUCCCUUAUAUCCUCUUCGAGCUCCCCUCCAACGUGUUGAUUCGCAAAGCUGGUGCAGCUCGCUGGAUUGGUAGCAUCACUACUUUGUGGGGGAUUGUUAUGAUUGGCAUGGGGUUCGUUAAGACGUGGUGGGAACUCGUUAUCUGCCGCGCCUUACUUGGCGUCCUCGAGGCUGGAUUCUUCCCCGCUUGCACAUACAUCAUCAGUACAUGGUAUGUUCGCAGGGAAAUCCAAAAGCGCAUGACGGGUUUCUAUGUCCUGUCUAUUAUGAUCUCGGGCUUCUCUUCUGCCAUCGCUGGCGGUAUUUCCGAGAUGGCCGGCAUUGCUGACCUCGGUGGCUGGCAAUGGAUUUUCAUCCUCCUGGGCUUGGCAACCGUUGUUGCGGGUGUGUGCGCCUUCAUUUUUGUCCAAGACUUCCCGGACAAGAACAAGUUUCUGAGCGCCGAGCAAACGAAGUGGAUCCUUGCGCGCAUCGACAAGGACCGCUCCGACGCCGAGUAUGACCAUUGGUCGAUGUCCAAAUUCUGGGCGUACAUGGCAGAUAUCCACUUGUGGUCGUUCGCUCUCAUGUUCGGAGCUGCUUGCACGACUACCUAUGCAUUCGCGUACUUCCUCCCCAUUAUUCUCGUUCAAGGAAUGGGUUACACUACAUUGGCUGCCCAGCUAUUGACCGCACCACCAUACGUCUUUGCCGCCAUAUUCUCCUUUUCGUUAGCGUGGAUGAGUGACAAGUACAUGCUCCGCGCGCCGUUCCUCAUCUUCCAAGCAAUCAUAGCCAUCAUCGGAUUGACUUUGACCGCGUUUCACACUAACAAUGGCGUGCGAUACUUCGGUGUCUUCUUGGGUAUCGCUGGUGGUUCCGCUAAUGUCCCAGCCAUCCUUGGCUACAUGCAAAACAACGUCGCUGGAUACUCUAAGCGUGCCUUUACCUCGGCCAUUACCAUUGGUGGAGGAGGCAUCGGUGGAAUUAUAGCUUCAACUGUUUUCCGCUCAGAGGAUGCCCCCGGUUACAGACCUGGACUCUGGGUCACCAUUGGCUCACAGCUCGUUAUUAUCUCGACCACGUGUGCCCUCACUGUGUACUAUUACUUCAAGAACAAGGCCGUUCGCGAAGGUCGUGCAGCUCCUAUCGAGGGUCGCCCAGGGUUCUUUCAUAUGUAUUAA